AUGCCGGACUCGCACAAAUCAUUGGGACAGUCACCUAAGAGGGCCCUCUCUUCAACGACCAGUAGCAAUCCCCGCCGUUCUCAUCCGUCACAAUCCAAGUCGCUCCCAAAGAAUAAGAAGGUCAAGAUCGAUCACAAUCUCCAAGGGUCGGGGGAGAAGGUGUCUCUGGAUCAGGCAGAGGUGGCUCCGAGUCUUCCGCAGGGAGAAAGUCGUGACUCGAGCAGUGACCAGAGCGCAGCCAAGUGGUUUGCAAGCAAAAACGAGAAUGUGGUCGACUCCCUGAACAAGAGAGGUUCGCAAGAGAAUGAAUCACCUUUCUACCUUACCAAUCAGAGCACUUACCGCCCGCCUAAGAAUCUCCGCUCGCACAAUGCAGAGAGCUUCGGCCCGCGGCCGCGAGAUGAUACCGAGAACGAUGAAUUACGGGGGGUCAUUGACGAUCUCACCGUCGAGAACAAGAAAUUGAAGCAUCUACUUCGGAAUUGGCAGGCUCGGUCAAGUCCCACCAGCAGUAACCCCGACAGAGUGGUGGAGGUUCGGUUGCAUGGACUACCGGCCGAGAAGAAGAGGGAGCUGGAAGAUAUACUGAAGAAGUUUGCCACCGGGCUCACCGGAGAUUCUUCAUCGCAACCAAGUUCAUCAGGCCCGCUUGAAAAGUCGGCCUCCAGUACGGGAUACGCUGCGUUUCCGGCGCAGAGGGUCCCCCUGGACCCUAACAAUACAGACUCUGGUUAUGCCUCCAUCUCGAACUCUGGAUUGAACUCCACGUCGCAGUCUAGUGGUCUAAGACUACGCGAACCCGUGUCAAAGAGCAAAAAGGAAACAGACAUCGAGAAUUAUUUGCACGACAUUCCCGACUCGCUCUUCCCGCGGGAGACUGUCUCUGUCAGCGACAACGCCAAGAUGGUGUUGGUGGUGCAGAGGUUGGAGCAGCUCUUCACGGGAAAGAGAGCAGCACCGGGAGAGCAUAGCUUGCCUGUCCAGCAACAAAAGAUCUCCCGUUCUGCCGCCAAGGCCGAUCGGCGUGAGGAUCAAAGGCUCAAGCGAGCGUUGAGAGUGGAAGGCUCUCGUGAAGCCCAUAUCUUGCCUCACGAUUCCAAGAUCAAUUUCGAUAUCAUGGACGCCAGUGGUCAGCCCCCGGGGACUCAAUCCGGAUCCGAUCAAUCGUCAGCGGAGGGAAGAGGCAUCCCGGCCUCGGAACGCCCCGGCUCCCCAGAUCAGCGGCCCACUCGGCCAUUGGAUCUUGACAUUCAUCGCGCGCAAACCGCCGCCGAUAACAUUGACUAUAUUCGACAUCUGGGCUUAUCGUCGCCUCAAUUCGAAGACAACGCUGAAGGCAAAGAGCAACCCUGGUUGUAUCUGAAUCUGCUUGUGAGUAUGGCUCAGCUGCAUACGCUCAAUGUGACGCCGGCCUUUAUUCGUAAGGCCGUCAAACAGCUCAGCACCAAGUUUGAGUUGUCGAAAGACGGACACAAGAUACGGUGGAUCGGGCGGGCCCCUCAAGCUGAAUACGUCAACCGAGAGAGUCCAGAGGGUGCGCCACACCGCAUCUCUGAGGAUACCGGCGACGACGCCGGCCGUCAAAGUGGUAGGAGCGCUACCAGUACACUCAACGAAGUAUCCAACUCCGCCUCAGUUUCAGAUGACAAAGUCCAGAGAGGAAAGCUAAGUGGCACCUCCAACCUGGUCAAUUCUACGACAACAUCUUCGAACCACGUGCCCGGCCAUCAGCCAGCAACCCAAUCCAAGUCCACGUCUGCGUUCGAUUAUAAACCUAUCGUGUUUCAAGGGAAGAGGACCUUUCUGAAGGCCAAAAACUCAUACCUGGAUUCGUCGAGUUCGCAUGGUGGUAAGUCGCCCAAUUCUACCGGUCUGGUCCGUGCGCUCAGUCGAUCGAGCCUCAAGCCCAGAGAAGAUACCUAUGAAGGCUAUAUGACAUUCUUCAACAAUCCCUACUUCUUCACAGAUCUGAGUGGUGAUAAAUCUCCCACAAACGCCAGAGCGAGCGGGUAUAAAGGGCCUCGGGAUACUUUGGGUAUCGUCAAGAAGCGGCCACUCGCAGACGACACCCUGCGAGACGCCAAAGCUUGUUAUUUCCUGUCUCCCUGGCCACAAACACGCAGCAGCUGGCCUCAAAAUUGUCCAGAGAUGGACAUAUCUCUUUCACCCAUCAACUCUGCAGGGGAAGAUGAGACACUGCCGCUAGAGUUUGAAGCCUCUGGUCUUGGGGGUGUCCGACCUGAAGAUAACUUUGCGCUCGACGUUCAAAUCGCGAGAAAGCGCCAGAGACUUGACAAUGGUGAUGGCAAGAGGACAAUCCGGCAGAAGCGGCCUGCACAAUACUCCUACCAGGUUGUAAAUUGCACGACGCUGAGCCUGCAGCCUUCGCGAUUGCCACCGCCAAGCUAUGUCUUCUUCACGGCGAGCUCAUCGUCCAGCGCGGGGAAAGGGUACUAUGACGAGGAUGACAGCGAUGAGUCCUCUGAAGCGGAAUAUUCUCCCGCGCCAGCUGGAUUUCUAUGGCAAUGGUCGUCGAGUUCAAAUGGACGACCAGGCGAGGACGAUGGCUCGGUGGCAAGUUCUUCCCUUGGCGUGCUGGAAGCAGCGCGAGCCAGAAUUCCACUACCUGGCGCCACAAAUGAGUUGGGCAGGACUACGAGCGGCAGCCUCGCUGCCACUGCCGGAGCAAGUUGGAGUGCCGCUUCCAACGCCGCUGAGGGAGACUUUGGCAAUGGCCAAGACGGAAACUCUUCAGACGAGAUGAGCGUGGACCAUGAAGUUUGA